AUGACCAUCGAAUCACCAACAGCAACUGUACUUGGGCUUCGAUGGGAUGCAGCAGCAGAUGAGCUAUUUUUCAAGGUAGAUCUGAAAGAGAGCUUAGGCUUUCUAACGAAGCGAUGGGUACUAAGUGCCGUCGCAAAACUAUUCGACACUACCGGCAUACUGGGACCAGUUGCUAUUACUGGAAAAAUAUUCAUAAAAAGGUUGUGGGCUGCUGGCUUGUCGUGCGACGAACCACUUCCAGAUGAACUUCAAACCACCUGGGUAGCCUUUUACAGCAAACUCGACGUAAUAAACAAAAUUCGGAUUCCGCGAUGGUUAGGUAUGGCUGAAGGAAGAGCUACUACCCUGCUAGGAUUUUGCGAUCCCAGUACGCUCUCGUAUGCAGCUGUAAUAUACAUUAGAGCCACAGAUGCGGAAGGUCAUUCAGCUGUAUCCCUGCGUACGGCUCUUACCAAGGUGGCGCCCCUUAAAGGAGCAACGAUCCCGCGUCUGGAUCUUUUUGCCGCACAUUUUCUCGCUGUUACCCUCGAAAACGUACGUAUUUCCUUGAGAUUAACAGAUACUCCUUAUUACCUCUGGUCUGAUUCCCGGAUUGUGUUGUGUUGGCUACGCAAGCCGCCCACUACUCUCAAGCCGUUUGUGUCGAACCGGGUGCGUCCAAUACAUGAGUUAACCUCACCAGACUGUUGGCAUUAUGUAAGAUCAGCUCAGACUCCGGCAGAUUGCGCCAGUAGAGGUAUUCGAGCAUCGCAGCUGCUGGAUCAUCCACUGUGGUGGCAGGGCCCAGGUUGGCUUAUGGAUAAGCAUACACCCAACUUCUCUGUGAUUGAAUUAAACGACGAGGAUCACGACAUUCUGCAAAGCGAACAAGGAGUUUCAUCCUUCGUAGCAAAAACAACCCAUCAGCCAGCUCUCACUACUCGUCGACGUGAUGGCCAGAUGAUUCCGUUUAGUGAGCGCUUCAGUUCACUUCUCCCACUCGUGCGUACGGCAGCACUUCUUCUACGUUGGCUUCCAACACGGCGGCAUUUGCGUACAUUGGUAGUCAGCCCAACAGAAAUCGGCAGCGCUCUUAAUAUACUGAUUCGAAAUGAGCAACACGAGAACUUUGCGGUUGAUUUGGCCCACAUCCGAAAAGGAACUGGCGUAUCUAGUUCCAGCAAGCUAAAAUCAUUGAAUCCAUACAUGGAUAACACAGGCGUUCUGCGCGUCGGAGGCCGCAUCAGUAAAGCUGAUCUGCCAUAA